UGCAAAUGGCAAGGCUCGGUCCUGGCUCCAGAAUUAAAACCCUUUCCGCCCCCUAAAAAUCAGCAUCUGUGCAAGUUGGACCAAGAGUUUGUCAGGAGUGUGGUUCAAAACUGCUUGGAAAAAGGGAUGAGGACAACUGAUGAACCUUUUGGAGCUUGUUACCAGAGACCGUUUUCCUCUGUUCAUUAAAUCAUGUGCUAUACAGCUGUGAAACAUUGUGGCGCUCAUUUUUGCUAACAGACAAUACUUUCAAAUAUUGUUCUGUCUUUCUCCUACAAGAGUUUAUACCAGUAUUAUUUGAAAGUUGCAGAAAAGUGCACUACCUGCGCUGCCCUAGGACUGUUGAUGUCCUCAGCUAUUGUAGGAGAAACACUAGGCCUGGAACCCGGUUUGUUACUGGACUUGUGGAAGAGGAAACACAAAGAUUUCCAAAUGAAUAACCGAAAGGAAGAUAUGGAGAUUGCUUCCCACUACCGUCACCUGCUUCGUGAGCUUAAUGAGCAGAGACAACACGGCAUCCUCUGUGACGUUUGCAUUAUAGUGGAGGGGAAGAUCUUUAAGGCUCACAAAAACGUUCUGCUUGGGAGUAGUCGCUACUUCAAAACGCUGUAUUGCCAGGUACAGAAAACAUCUGACCAGGCCACAGUCACUCAUUUAGACAUUGUAACUGCUCAAGGCUUUAAAGCAAUCAUUGACUUCAUGUAUUCCGCACACCUAGCACUGACCAGCAGAAAUGUCAUUGAGGUGAUGUCAGCAGCUAGCUAUUUGCAAAUGACAGAUAUUGUACAAGCCUGUCACAAUUUCAUAAAAGCAGCUCUUGACAUAAGUAUAAAGUCUGAUGCCUCAGAUGACCUUGUUGAUUAUGAACUUGGAGCUCCUUCUAGCAGUAGUACGGAUGCUUUGAUUUCAGCAGUUGUGGCUGGUAGGAGUAUAUCUCCCUGGUUAGCUCGGCGUACCAGUCCAGCAAACUCUUCUGGAGAUUCAGCCAUUGCCAGCUGCCAUGAAGGAGGGAGCAGUUAUGGAAAAGAGGAUCAAGAACCAAAAACAGACAGCCACGAAGACGUUUCAUCCCAGUCUCUUUGGUCUAGUGACAUGGGCUAUGGGUCUUUACGCAUCAAAGAGGAACAGGUUUCGCCAUCACAUUAUGGAGGGAACGAAUUACAUUCUGCCAAGGAUAGUGCAAUACAGAACGCUUUCUCAGAACAAGGUGUGGGAGAUGGCUGGCAACCCACUGGGCGCAGAAAGAACAGAAAAAAUAAGGAAACCGUGCGUCAUAUUACGCAGCAAGUAGAGGAUGACAGCAGGGCAAGUUCUCCAAUGCCAUCUUUUUUACCUGCCUCAGGAUGGCCAUACAGCAGUCGAGACCCAAGUGCUGAUGCGGCCGUCACGGAGCCCAGCAGCUCCGACAGCCGAGUGGAGCGGUCGGACCUCUACGCCAACGUGGACGAAGCGCUGCUGGGGGGCGAAGCGAGCUACCUCUCCCAGCCGCUGACGCCAGAGAAGGAGGACGCGCUCCAGGCUGCCACGGUCGCCAACCUGCGGGCCGCUCUCAUGAGUAAGAACAGUUUGCUGUCUCUGAAAGCUGACAUGCUGGGAGAGGAUAGUUCUCUGCUCUUUGAGUACUUACCCAAAGGCACGCACUCUUUAUCUCGGCCUGGCACCAACUUGAAUCGUUCAAGGGGCGAAUGUGAUGGCAAAGUGGAAGCACCAUCUCCCCCGCUGCCUUCAUCACACCUUGCCACUCAGAGCCCCCCUGCGAUCUGCUGUUCUGGUGAAAUGUCACCAGAAACCAUGAUAAAAGAAGAGAUGCCUUCCUCAACCCAGGCCACUUACGAUGGAUUUUUAACACUUUGGCAGUUUGAUAACUCUGACUUAGAUUUAAGUUUUUCAAGAUCUGAAGACAUGGACUUAAGCAAUGAUGGCCUAUUCCUAGAUUCAGCCCUGACCAAGAGACUGGCUUGUGGUUUCUGCAGGAGGGUUUUUGAGUGUGCUAACCAGCUGAAGGAGCACGUCCUCGAGCACGCCUUCUCCAUGAUCCUCCCAUUUGGCUUCGCUGCCCGUUCGCAGCCGGGCCUCGCGGACAGCGUGCCUCAAGGUCAGCUCGCUCGCUUCCAGUGCUCCAAAUGUCCUGCAAGCUUCACUCUGAAGUCAAAUAUGGAUCGGCAUGAAAAGACAAUCCACUUCAACUGUAAGAAGAUGCAGUGUCCUAACUGUGCCAAACUGUUUCGAGACAAGACAGACUUAAACCGGCAUCUUAUGUCUGUGCACUCAAACGAGCGUACUUUUGUGUGUCUGUUUUGUGGCAAGGGCUUUGGUACGCAGAAGAACCUCACGAAUCACAUGAAAGCGUGUUACCUAGGCUCUGCCCAGCUGGGAGGGUUUGAGCUUUUGGAUAGUAUGGAACAAAAUCAGGAUCCUGAGGAUGCGUAGCUACUGUUGUCUAUAUUAGACUUUUUUUUUUUUAACCAGGAAAAGUAAAUUGCGUCAUUGUUCUCUUGCUGCAAAUGAACUUACCACAGGUGUAACGUAACACAGCAGUUCCCAAAUACUGAUCAGGUCGAUGAUGCACAGGUUCCAGAUGACUAAUGUUUGUGCAGAAAUACUUUUGUCCAUCCAUAUAAUGGCACUUUGGAUAUUUUAUUGGUAUGAUAAUACUGUGUACUUAUUGCCUUAAACUUUUUUUUAUCAGUAGAUCUCAAAGUGCUUUAUAAAAGAAAUGGGAUAUUUCCCCGUGUUGAAAGGGAAAAUAAUGUACCUAAGCUUGCGAGCGUGUUAGCAAUAGAAUCAGUAUAGAAUUCAGUUUUCUGAGUUCUGGUCUAGUCCGCCGCCCAUUAGGCAAUUCAAUCACUCCAGGGUUGUUUUAGGAGCUGUGAAAGCACUGGGUUGCUCAGCACCUAACAUGUCUAUGAGGGCUGGUGUUCUGUGUCACUUAAAGGAGGUGAGGGGGGAACAUACUUCUUGUGCGUUUGUGCAACAGGGUAUAUGUUAUUUGAGCUUCAAAAUUGUUGCAAGGUUUGUAUAUUUUGGUACUUGGUAUUAUCUUUGAAUAUGUUAGGACUUUUUAAAAUAUACUUGAGUAUGGCUGUGACUUUCAGGAGUUCCCUAAAUUUUCUGACUCUAGUUUGUUUUAAAUGAUGUAUUAAGUUAGCCAAACUGUGAAUGUAUGCCAUUGAAACAGAGAAGAGGGGCUAUACUGUGAGCUAUGGUGCAUAUAGAAAAUCAGUCAUGGUUGUUAUCGGAAAGUUGAAGACUUUACUUGUAUUUUAUUACAUCAUUUAAAAAAAAUUUAAGUGAUUAAAUGCGUAUAUGCACCUCUUGCUAUAUAUUUACGCACAAAACCAGAUUAUAGUAACUGUUAAAUGAAAGUAGUAUAACUGGAAGCGCAGUGCUUUUCAGCUGCGCUGUGUACAGCACAGCUCGUCAGCAGUUGGAGCUCCGGUGUUGCGUGUCUUGUAGGGUCGCUUUCCUUAACCUGCCAGGCACGACCAGGAAAGCUACAGCAAUUUACAAAUAGUCUUUGACUUCUUCAGGAAGAAGUUACUUCUCUUGUUAAUAUGGCCGCAUCUCAGGGAGACAAAAAUGAGAAAUACUUAAUCAUGCACAAAAUGGACUUAAACAGCCUGAGGUCUUCAGGGGAGAAUUUCUUGCAAAGAAAAGUUGUUUUCUGCGGAAAGUUGGAAGAGAAAGCUCUGCCGUUUCUUUCGGCCCUGUAUUCUUGUGGUAGAGAGAAUAGGUGUGUUCUGGCGUAGUGCUGCUCCACCCGUUCCUGCUGAAAUCAGGAGCUGCAGGGAGGCAGCUCCACCUUGCAUCAAGGCUGGCCUUCCUGAGUAUUGGGAAGCUGGUGUUUCCCUGUUUGGCUUAGUUCUCACGCUUUGUUUAAGCGGGGUGUAGUCAGAGUUGUGAAUAUGUUCCUAUAUAAUCAUUAUACUAUACCAUACUUGGUCAAUUUUUCGGUGAAGUCGUGCGCAUGUGUUGGUUCCCACAGACUUCUUUGUCAUUGCCGAUCACUGGUACCCAUGAAUGUGUCUAGCUUAUAAUCCUUACAAGACUUAAGUUAGUAAAACGCCCAGUAAUUUACUUUUAAAUAGCAAACAGGUGAAGUAGGAGAAAGCUGAGCCAGAAGAAAGUUGUGACCAAAAUGUGUUUUAUCUGGAAAUUUGGGACGAGUACACCAGAUAUUUUCUGAAUCAGAAAAGUAAGACACCAGCAAUAGUAAUUGCAGCAAAUUUUAGAAGGCCUUUUCACAUGGUAAUAGCUAUCAACAUAUUUCAUGUUUAUUCAUUUUUCUGGUGUGGAAAUUUUUGUCCCAUUAUUAUAUCAACCAUAAAUCUGACUUCUCUAAUGUAUUCACUGGACAAAAGAGGAUAUUAAAAUCUAGUCACCAUCAUAACAGACAUGUAUGUCCCGGUAUUGACAUAUGUGCUCAUGAAAGACCAUAUUUGAUGUUUUCAACAGUGUUUUCUAAUUAAAAUCUGCAGCAGAAUCAACUAUUUUGAGGUUCAUAUGCGACUGCCUUUGAAAGCACUCAUAUAACUUAGUUGAGAAUUUAAUUCAAGACUGAAUUAUUUCCCUAUAGUCAGAUCAACUCAUUCUCCCUCUAGUAGAGGUUGAAGUAGCGUUUUACUUUGUCCGUAUCAUCAAAUUGCUUUCUGACUUCAGUGCUGCCUUUUUCUAGUGUUACCUUCAGGGUCAGGAGCAGAUUUGUUUUAAAAGUUGAAACCAAAGGGUGCAACAUAGCAGUGGCUUACAGAGUUUGCAUAGGGUUUUUUUUUUUUUUUUUAAGUAGUAUAUUCACAUUAGAAAAUGGUGUGGGAAGAUGAUGGGAAUAGUAAAUUUGACUGUUAAAUUGCAUCUUGCUAUUUACAACCUUAAAAUAUAGUGAGGAAUAAGUAGACAAAAAUUGUCUUAAAGCUAGUUUGUGGAUGCGUCAUAAUAAGCAAAUGAUUAUUAAGCGAUUAUUUACUCUGUAAAACAAUACAAAAUAGCUCCAUCAGACGGUAAAUUAAUCACUAGUGCUUUCACUUCUCUCAAGUCAGGAAUAUGGGCACCUAUUCUGGGUAACACCCCUUUUCCUGAAGAAAGUUUUGUCACUAUUUUCUGCCAUCUGGAAGUUUUGUUGCAUGCAUGUCUGUACUUCCGAAUGCAAACCCAGGCUAUUGUAAUACUUCAUGGAAAAAAGCCAGUUUGCCUCUGUUUGUCCCCUUGUCACUGCCUCUUACCAUCACCGGGGCUCCUGGGAAUUGUUCAGGAUUCAGAGCUCUAAGUUGUGCAGGCGGCGUUUGUGGAGCUAGUGACAUCGGUGAAACCGUUUCUGGGUGUAUCCCACCUCCCUUUUUUCUGCUUCAGCUGUGCAGGUUGUCAAACGGUCGGGUUUGUUUCUAUUCUUGCGGGAUUGUAGGAAAGAGGAGGAACCCUAAGAUUUAAGUUGUGGCAUUUGCUGUCUUCUACCAGGGCUUUUUCUAUUUAAGACGUAUUGCAAAGUCCUGAGCUUUGCUCUCGCUCCAGGACCUCCUUGCUCCGGAGGCAGCUGAUAUGCAGGUUGUCCGGUGCAUCUUGCGAGCAGGGUCCAAAAGCCAAAGGUUGAGUUGCCAAAUGCGGGCAGUCCACGUGCCAUGGCAGAG